UAUCAAGUCUAGUAAAAUUGAACGAAAUUUUGAUGAAUAUGAAAGUUAUACAAUAUUGGAAUCCUUCUUUAAGGAAAUUGUUGAUUCUCGAACUGGAGAUUGGUCUUGAUGAAUGACCUUAGAACAACAAGAAAAGACAAUUAUGGAUUUAAGAAAAACUUUAUUGGCCAUGAGAAGAGCUGCAGUUCUUACAACAAGUGAAUAUGAAAAGAAAAACAGAGAACUUGAAGAAGCUUUACGUCUCGGUGAAAGAUCACCAAGUCCAUCAACUCUGGAAAAGAGAGAAUUGCAGAUGGAUGAUAUUGAAAAUAGUACUUUCAAUGCCAUUUCCUUAUUUGAUCAUAAAUUAGAUCAAGCUUAUGCAGAAGUCGAAGCUGCAGUAUCAGCAGGAACUCUUGGAACUUCUGGUCAACUGGGAACGCAAUUCAUAUCUCUUUGACGAUGAUGCAGCUUACUUCUCUUCACUAUUGUUUGCAAGUCCAAUGAAUACUGGUAAUAAUAGUGCAAAUUUCUUAAGACCACCAAUACCUCCCGCUUGGUUAAAUCUUCAACCACGU